AGUUCAGUACCAUCUUUGUUUAUGUUUUCCUCUGUCCAUCCCUGCCUCGAUCUGGCCCCCGACCAGUGACGAAAGCAUCCAAAGGAACAGCUUAACAAUGGCGGCUCUCCACUGCCCUCAAUCCCACCGCAUACCCACUUCCUCAUAACAGCUUAACAGUAACGGCCGCCAUGCUGACGUCGCACCUCUCCCUCCCGCGGUCGGUCAACGGUCGCCUCGCCCCCGCCGGCAGCGCCCCGAGAGGCCGGAGCUUCGGCUCCCGGGCCCGCGCCCACUGCGACCCCGUCGCGCCGCCGCGGCCGGCCCCGGUCGUGCUGGGGCUCGGCAGCCUGAUGGAGACGUUCGCGGUGGAGGUGCGGAGGGCGGAGAGCAGGGCGCUGGACGUGCCGCUGGCCGCGCCGUUCACGAUCGCGACGUCGAGGCUGGAGCGGGUGGGGAACGUGGCGGUGAGGGUGGAGCUGAGGAACGGCUGCGCGGGGUGGGGGGAGGCGCCGGUGCUGCCGUCCGUGACGGCGGAGGAUCAGGGGACGGCGAUGGAGAAGGCGAGGGAGGCCUGCGAGGCGCUGAGGAGGAGCCCCGCGAUGGGGCUGGGGAGAGCUUUGGGGCAGAUUGCGGCCAUUCUUCCUGGACACGACUUCGCUUCUGUUCGGGCAGGAGUUGAGAUGGCAUUGAUUGAUGCAGUUGCCAACAGCAUCGGAACACCAUUGUGGAAAUUGUUCGGUGGAGCUUCGAAUACAUUAACAACAGACAUAACAAUUCCAAUUGUGUUACCAGCUGAAGCUGCUGACUUGGCUCUUAAAUAUAGGAAACAAGGUUUCCAAACUUUGAAGCUCAAGGUGGGGAAGGAUCUGAAAGCAGAUAUUGAGGUUCUUCAAGCAAUACGGGCUGUGCACCCUACUUGUUCAUUUAUUCUGGAUGCUAAUGAAGGAUACAAGUCUUCAGAAGCUAUUCUAGUCCUUGAUAAACUCCAUGAGAUGGGGGUUACUCCCAUUCUCUUUGAGCAGCCAGUUCACAGAGAUGAUUGGGAAGGUCUUGGACAUGUCAGUCGAAUUGCUAUAGGGAAAUAUGGGAUUUCUGUUGCAGCUGAUGAGAGCUGCCGAAGCAUGGAUGACGUCAAGACAAUCGUAAAAGGAAAUUUAGCAAAUGUCAUUAACAUAAAGCUCGCAAAACUUGGAGUGGUUGGGGCCCUUGAUAUUAUUGAGUUUGCAAGAGAACAUGGUUUGGACCUGAUGAUUGGUGGUAUGGUUGAGACUAGGCUAGCCAUGGGCUUCGCCGGCCACCUUGCUGCUGGCUUUGGUUGUUUCAAGUUCAUUGAUCUCGAUACUCCCUUACUGCUAGCAGAAGAUCCAGUUUUUGGUGGUUACAAAGCGUCUGGUGCCAAUUAUAGAUUCAGUAAUGCUAGAGGCCAUGGCGGCUUUCUUCAUUGGGAUAACAUUGUCUGAUUGGUAGAAAGUCAAUUACUUCAACAACUCCUGUUUCAAUCAUUCAUGAAGUGUAUCUUUCCUAUCUUUGUGGACUUUGGUUGCGUUCAAUCAACUCAUGCUAUAGAAAAGUGGCCUCUGAUGACAUGGAAGCACUUGGCUCAAUUGCUCAGGAUAUUUGGUCCACUGACAAGCCUUGGUAUUUACCUGGCUAACUAAUUGGCUGAAAAGUCAAUUGAGCCCAGGUGGUGUUUGUUGUUGUUUGCAUAGUUAUGGACUGGUCUGCUUGAGGAUCUUUAGCCCAUAAAUAAAAAGGUACCUAAAUGAACUUCGCUAACAACUCUCUUAGACAAAUUUCUCUACAUUUGUUGUGUCUCUGAACAGAUCUUAAUGUCUUUCUGUGUUGAUGUAACUUUGUGCUUAUAUGCCAAUCUCUGUCUAUCCAUUCUAUU